GUGGUUGAUAACGAGGCUGAGAGAGAAGAGAAGGAAGAUGAAGAAGGGAAGGAAGAGGAAAAGAAGGAUGAGGAGGAGGAAGAAGAGAAGGAGAAGGAGGCUAAGAAAGAAGAUGAGGAGAAGGAGCAUGAGGUGGUUGCCAAUGAGUCGAUUCACGAGGAGAGGUCCGAGAAGAAGUCCCCUCAGGAUUUGGAGCAGGUGGUUGAGAAUAAG